GUCUGCGCCGGCUGCUACCAGAUAAAGUUGUUGUUCUGCCAACAUGGCGGCGCCCAUAGUGACUGUCCGGGCCGUGUUCCCCUAAAAGUGGAAACAGAGGCGUGAGGAGCCGCAGGCCAAAAGCCUGUGAGCAGGAUCUUCCCACCUUCUGCAGCAUGGCUUCCGCUUGGCGGAGACUGGGCUUUUGUGUCUCUUUUCUGAAAAGCCAGUUAGAUGGUGGGCCAGGGAUCAUCAGCGGGGGAAGGCGAGUGAUUCCGGGAUGUGCCAGAAGUAUUUACAGUGCCACGGGAGAGUGGACGAAAGAGUACACACUGCAGACAAGAAAGGAUGUUGAGAAAUGGUGGCAUCACCGAAUAAAAGAACAGGCCUCCAAAAUUUCAGAAGCCGAUAAAUCAAAGCCCAAGUUUUACGUACUGUCCAUGUUCCCUUAUCCUUCCGGCAAGUUGCACAUGGGCCACGUGCGUGUGUACACCAUCAGCGACACCAUUGCAUGGUUCCAGAAGAUGCGAGGGAUGCAGGUCAUCAACCCUAUGGGAUGGGAUGCCUUUGGGCUGCCUGCCGAAAAUGCAGCGAUUGAGAGGAAUCUACAUCCAGAAAGUUGGACGCAAAGUAAUAUUGAGCACAUGAGGAGGCAGCUGGAUCGACUGGGCCUGUGUUUCAGCUGGGAUAGGGAAAUAACUACCUGUUUACCAGAUUACUACAAAUGGACUCAGUACCUCUUUAUUAAGCUCUACGAAGCUGGGCUGGCCUAUCAAAAGGAGGCCUUGGUUAACUGGGACCCGGUGGAUCAAACAGUGCUUGCCAAUGAGCAGGUGGAUGAACGUGGCUGUUCGUGGCGUUCUGGAGCGAAGGUGGAACAGAAGUACCUCCGACAGUGGUUUAUUAAGACAACUGCUUUUGCAAAGGCCAUGCAGGACGCGCUGGUGGACCUUCCAGAGUGGUAUGGAAUAAAAGGCAUGCAGGCCCACUGGAUCGGGGACUGUGUGGGCUGCCAUCUGGACUUCACAUUGAAGGUGGAUGGUCAAGUCACAGGAGAAAAGCUGACCGCCUACACGGCCACCCCCGAGGCCAUUUACGGCACCUCCCACGUGGCCAUCUCUCCCAGCCACAGACUCUUACACGGGCACAGCUCUCUGAAGGAAACCUUCCGGAAGGCGCUCGUUCCUGGCAAAGAUUGCCUCACACCCGUGACGGCUGUGAACAUGCUUACCCAGCAGGAGGUCCCUGUCGUUAUCUUGGCCAAAGCUGACUUGGAGGGCUCUCUGGAUUCCAAAAUAGGAAUUCCGAGCACCAGCCCAGAGGACACCACCUUAGCCCAAACCCUGGGCCUCCCCUACUCCGAAGUCAUUGAAACGUUGCCAGAUGGCACAGAGAGGAUGAGCAGCUCUGCCGAGUUCACAGGCAUGAGCCGGCAGGAUGCGUUUCUAGCCUUGACUCAGCAAGCCCGGAGGAAGGGGGUAGGUGGAGACGUGACAAGCAACAAACUGAAGGACUGGCUGAUCUCGCGACAGCGGUACUGGGGCACGCCCAUCCCCGUGGUCCACUGCCCGGCCUGCGGCCCCGUGCCCGUGCCACUGCAGGAUUUGCCCGUGACCUUGCCCCGCAUCGCAUCUUUCACCGGCAGGGGAGGCUCCCCGCUGGCCGCGGCUUCGGAUUGGGUGAACUGUGCCUGUCCUAGGUGCAAGGGAGCCGCCAAGAGAGAGACAGACACGAUGGAUACCUUUGUCGAUUCUGCUUGGUACUAUUUCAGAUAUACUGACCCACAGAAUACCCAGAGCCCUUUUAACGCAGCCUUGGCAGAUUACUGGAUGCCUGUGGAUUUGUACAUUGGAGGGAAGGAGCACGCCGUCAUGCAUUUGUUCUAUGCGAGAUUCUUCAGUCAUUUCUGCCACGAUCAAAAAAUGGUCAAACACAGAGAGCCCUUCCAUAAGCUGCUGACCCAAGGCCUUAUCAAGGGGCAGACGUUCCGCCUGCCAUCGGGACAGUAUCUACGGAGAGAGGAAGUAGAUCUCACAGGUGCUGUUCCCGUUCACGCGGAAACGAAGGAGAAGUUGGAGGUGACGUGGGAGAAGAUGAGCAAGUCCAAACACAACGGGGUGGACCCCGAGGAGGUCGUCCAGCAGUACGGCAUCGACACCAUCCGGCUUUACAUCCUUUUCGCCGCCCCCCCUGAGAAGGACAUCCUGUGGGACGUGAAGACUGACGCCCUCCCCGGGGUGCUGCGGUGGCAACAGCGGCUGUGGGCCUUGGUGACCCGCUUCAUCGAGGCCAGGGCUUCUGGGACGGCUCCCCGGCCCCAGCUGCUGAGUGACGACGAGAGAGCCGAGAGCAGAAAGCUCUGGGAGUACAAGAACUCGGUCAUCUCUGAGGUGACCGCCCAUUUCACAGAGGACUUCUCACUGAAUGCUGUGAUUUCUCAGCUGAUGGGACUCAGCAGUGCCCUCCUGCAAGCUUCACAGAGAGUGGUUCUCCACAGCCCCGAGUUUGAGGACGCGCUGUGUGCCCUGAUGGUGAUGGCAGCCCCGAUGGCCCCUCACAUCACCUCGGAGCUCUGGGCAGGCCUGGCACAGGUGCCCGGGAAGCUGUGUGCCCACUACGCCUGGGACGCCAGCGUGCUGCUUCAGCCGUGGCCGGCCGUGGACCCGCAGUUCCUCCAGCAGCCUGACGUGGUGGAGAUGGCCGUGCUGAUCAACAACAAAGCCUGUGGCAAGAUCCCCGUGCCCCAGGGAGUCGCGGGGGACCAGGACAAAGUCCAUGAGCUCGUCCUCCAGAGCGAGCUGGGUGUCAGGCUCCUGCAGGGGCGAAACAUCAAGAAGGCUUUCCUGUCCCCCAGAACGGCCCUCAUCAACUUCCUGGUGCAGGACUGACCGCAGGUGUGGCCCCCGAGGAAGGACGAGUGUGCUGGCCCGGGGCGGGGAAGCGACUAGCGUCUUGAAUGUUUACCUUCGCGCUCUGCUGAACGGGCUAGGGCGUGAGCCUGGGUGGUGGGGCCUGGCGCAGGGGUGAGGGUGGGUGUGGGCAGAGGAGGACCAGGAGGAGCAGAGGCGGAGGGCUCGGGCAGCCGCCGCAGGUGGAGGAAGCCAGCUGCGCGUGUGAAGCCACCAGAGGAACUGCUGGGUGUCCCCUGGGUGUCUGCAGGAAGGCGAGAAGAGAAGCAAGUGAGAAUGAACGUGGUCCCUCUCGAGCAGCCUGGGAGCCCUGACUCCUAGAAAUUGCACAGCCCAGGAGCAUGAGGGUAAACUGAGGACCCACACACGGCGCACGGAGCAGCAUGGACAGCCAGUGUUGGACGGGUGACGGCUGGGCAUCGUGGCAGGGUCUCCUCGCUUUCAGGCUGGAUGGAGGAGCCAUGAGGGUUUAUGACCAAAUAUCCAGUAUGUGGCGGGGCUGGUCCCUCCGCAGGCGUCCCCACUGCCGGGCCUGCUCUGAUGCCGACACACGGGCUCGUGGGCAGAGCACCACUUCCUGACCACUCUCUCCGGGUGUCACAUGUGCUGGUAGUGAAGCAGAACCAGGCUGGUUCAGCUGGAACCCAUCCCAGGGUGCACCGCAGCCCCGCGGGGAGUCUGCCCAUGUGGGCCCCAGAUGUCGGGGUGGCCCCCAGGGCAGGGCGUUAGCACGAGCGAGCUCACCGGGGGCGAGGGGGCUGGUGCCCCCGGCCGCUGCCUCCAGGUUCAAGCCCCCGCCGCCUGGCUGCCGGGAGGGGGCCGGGACUGGACCCCCGUUGUCGGUGCCUUAGGGCAAUCCGGGGUUCUGUGAAGUCAGCAGUUAGGUGCUCUUACCAGAACCAGCCUGAGCCACUGAUGAUACUUACUGGGGAAGCGCAGGAGAACCCGCCGUUCUGUGCUACUGAAAAGCUGUAUUUGUUUUCUGAUGCCGUUUUUCUAAAGUAGCCUCAGCUGUGGCUACAGUUGAGCGGCGAACAGAUGCCUUUUUUUAACGUAAUAAAUUGUGUGUCACGUA